UUUACAUAAAACAAAAAGAAAAUAAAUAAUGUUGUGUCUAAAAUUAGGUCCCAUCUGGUGGCAAUACAUGAUCGUUACCGGCGCAACAUUGAGUGUGCUGAGUACAGGGCUCAGUUUAGGAUGGGGUUCACCAGUUCUGGUGAAAUUAAUGAAGAUGGGAAACGGCACAGAGAUGCUACUAUCAAAUCCAAUCACUACUGAAGAUGGCUCCUGGUUGGUAUCCAUUGGGCCACUGGUUAGCAUUUUUUCUGCGCUUCUUACUCCCAUAUCUAACGUAAUAGGACAUAAAUACACUAUAGUAUUAUCAUCUUUACCAAAUAUAAUUGCUGGCCUUAUAUUUGUAUUUGCUGACAAGUUCUGGCUUGUUCUAUUGGGUCGCGGAUUCUGUGGAGUAUCUAUGGGCAUGAUAAUUCCAAUUAUUUCUGUAUAUUCAGCAGAAAUCGCUAACAAUGAGAUACGAGGAUCUUUGUGCUCCAUCUUACAAGUUAUCUGUGGUCUGGGCUGCGUGACUAUGUUCAUCGUAGGACCGUUUAUGACCUAUUUGAAUCUCAAUAUCUUAUACAGCUGCUUGACAAUAUUGUGCUCUAUUCCGGCGUUAUUUGUACCUCAAAGUCCAUAUUUCUUGUACACAAAAGGUCGAAUACAAGAAGCACAUCAGUUGCUAACAUUCCUACGAGGUUCAGAGGAAUUAGCUCAAGCUGAAAUCGAACAAUAUUCAUUAUGCAAUAACGUAAAACAAAUUGAAACGCCUAAAAAAGUUUACAGAGAGAAAUUAUUUCUGAAGGCUGUUUACUUGUGUAUAUGUGUAUCAAUUUUAACUCAAUGUUCAGGAUACAAUUCGGUGUCUUACUAUUUGCAAACUCUAUUGGAAUCUACGGAGACUAAUAUUAGUCCAGCGAUUGCUUCGGCAGUGGUUGGAGUGUUGCAACUACUUGGGGGUUGCAUAACGGCCUGUAUUAUUGAUAAGUACGGUAGAAAAACAAUAUUGUCUAUUUCAUUUCUUGGGAUUGCUCUUGGAUCGUUUGGUCUGGGAACUUUUUUCAAAUUAAAGGAAACUCAGGAAAUGCAUGGAAUUUUGAACUAUGUGCCGAUUGUAUCAAUAAUUUUUGUCGUAUACAGCUUUAUUGCAGGUCCUGGAACCCUUCUCUUCACAUUACAGGCUGAGUUAUUCGACAGACCAACUAAAACCGUGGGAGCUUCGAUAUCAAUCUUUACAAAUAUGCUAAUCAUGUUUCUGGCCAUCAGAUACAACGACACUAUAAUCAAUUAUAUCGGAGUGUAUUGGAAUUACUGGAUGUUUAGUUGUAUAUCUGUGUUCGGUUGCUUAUUUGUUAUUUUAUUUAUACCAGAGACAAAGGGGAAGACUUUUACUGAAAUACAGGAAUUGCUGGGAAAUGGAUGUAAAACUACGUUUACACUUUGUAAGUGAGUGCGGUUACUAUGUAUGUAAAUAAUAAGUAAGAUAGUAAUCUAAUUUUUUUUCCACCUGGAAUGAUAAAUAGAUUGAGGGCCCAGCUCCUGGUAGCUGAAUACCGUAAUUUAUACAG